UGGCCGCCAUUUUCCACCAUAGAUUGUUUUAAACCCAAAAUGAAACUUUCAGCAAUUGGGAUAGACACCAAAAAACCCCAAACGGAUUCUUCCUCGACAAAGUUUUGUGGAAAAUAGGUAGUUUUUAUGAAAUCUUGUGCUUUGAAAGCCUGCGCUUAAACAACCAAGACUUACACAGGAACAAACUUAUCACUUCUACCUUUGUGGAGGUAAAAUUUCGGAUUUUUCCUGCAAGCAAUGAUGGAAAUAAUGUUUUUUUUUUUAUCAAUCAAGCUUUCCUUUGAGGAAUAAUGUGGACUAGCUCGAGCGAGAAAGAAACGAGAACAUUCUAAUGUAUACCCCGGAGUUUAGACUGACAGGCGGCUUGUAACUCCCUCCUCCUUCACCAGGAUUAGCUGCUUCUAUGCUUUAAUAAUGUGUGGAGAGAUUGCCACGAGCCAUCUUUAAACGGCAUGUUGGGGGUGGUGCAUGUAUACCGCACAGCAUGCGAGGAAGUGGUCCCUAGGAGACAAGGUUUAGGGAAAACACUUGACGGAAAUCAAUGCAAUCUGAAAACAUUUGCGAGUUUAAAGUUAUCUUCGCGUAUUUCAAUCAAGGUUAUGUGGAAGUGAACCCCUUUACACACACCUCCCAACCCCCCCCCCAUGCAUGCAGCUGCCACUUGCAGUAGUGGUGAUGAUGAUGAUGCUGCUGCUGGCGUGCAGGAGAGAACCAAUGACAGCGCAGGAUGCUGAGGGAGGCUGCUCGGCUGAAUGGAGGCGACGGGAUGCCGUCUGUGUAGCAGCACAGGAGAGGAAUUAACAUCGAUGGAGGUCUCUCCCAGUCAUUCCCUGCGGGUUUGAAGCGCUCCAGCUCCAGCGGCAGCAAAUAAAAGUCACCCAUGUGCAGUUCAGCGAGCCUGUGCAGUAUCGUUGCAGCGUGCCCCCGUUAAGGACCCCUCUGGUGGCCACGCGGCCGACUCACGGGACAUGUACGGCAGUGCCAGAGCUGUUGGUCACUUAGAGAGCAGCCCCGCACGCUCCCCGCGCCUGCCUCGGUCUCCCAGACUGGGCCAUCGGAGGGCCAACAGCGGGGGCGGGGGCAGCGCGGGGGGCAAGACGCUCUCCAUGGAGAACAUCCAGUCUCUCAACGCUGCCUACGCCACUUCGGGGCCCAUGUACCUGAGCGACCACGAGGGAGUGGGCUCCACGGCUACCUACCCCAAAGGCACCACCACUCUGGGUCGGGCCACCAGCCGGGCCAUGUACGGGGGCCGCGUCACAGCCAUGGGUAGCAGUCCCAACAUCGCUUCGGUGGGGCUGCACCAUGCUGACCUUCUGUCGUACAGUGACCUGGGCUCCAUCUCCAUGCUGCACUCCCACCACCACCAGGGGGUGCCCUCCGCCCUGCUGAGGCAGGCGGUGAGGAGCAGUGGUGGGGAACUGCUGGAGAUGCAGGCCCAGCUCAGGGAGAUGCAGAGGGAGAAUGAGAUGCUGCGCAGGGAGCUGGACCUGAAGGACAGUAAGCUGGGCUCCUCCACCAACAGCAUCAAGAGCUUCUGGAGCCCCGAGCUGAAGAAGGAGCGCAUCAUGAGGAAGGAGGAGGCGGCACGCACAUCUAUCCUUAAAGAGCAGAUGAGGGUCACCCAUGAGGAGAACCAGCUGCUGGAUGCCAGGAGAACAAAGCAUCUCCAGAUGACCAUCCAGGCUCUGCAAGACGAGCUGCGCACGCAACGAGACCUCAACCACCUUCUGCAGCAGGAGAGCGGCAACCGCUCCGGCGCGGAGCACUUCACCACCAUCGAGCUCACCGAGGAGAACUUCCGUCGUCUGCAGGCCGAGCACGACAGGCAGGCCAAGGAGCUCUUCCUGUUGAGGAAAACCCUGGAGGAGAUGGAGCUGAGGAUCGAGACCCAGAAGCAGACGCUGGGAGCCAGAGACGAGUCCAUUAAGAAGCUGCUGGAGAUGCUGCAGAGCAAAGGGCUGCCGUCGGGACCCGGCAGGGUGUCUGAAGAGGAAGAGCAGGAGAGGAACAGGCGCAUUGCUGAAGCGGAGGCCCAGCUCGGACACUUAGAGGUCAUUCUAGACCAGAAGGAGAAGGAAAACAUUCAUCUACGAGAGGAGCUGCACCGAAGAAAUCAGCUGCAUCAGGAUCCAAGCAAAACCAAGGCCCUGCAAACCAUUAUAGAGAUGAAAGACACCAAAAUUGCCUCGCUGGAGCGCAACAUUCGAGACCUGGAGGAUGAGAUCCAAAUGUUGAAGGCAAACGGCUUGCUGAACACAGAGGACCGCGAGGAGGAGAUCAAGCAAAUGGAGGUCUACAAGAACCACUCCAAGUUUAUGAAGACCAAGAUUGAUCAGCUCAAGCAGGAGUUGUCCAAGAAGGAGUCAGAGCUGCUGGCUCUGCAGACAAAACUAGAGACCCUCAACAACCAGAACUCGGACUGCAAACAGCACAUCGAGGUGCUCAAAGAGUCUCUCACUGCCAAAGAGCAACGUGCGGCCAUUCUGCAAACUGAGGUGGAUGCGCUCCGUCUGCGUCUGGAGGAGAAAGAGUCCUUCCUCAACAAGAAAACCAAGCAGCUGCAGGACCUGACGGAAGAGAAAGGCACUCUCGCCGGGGAAAUCAGGGACAUGAAGGACAUGCUGGAGGUCAAAGAAAGGAAGAUCAAUGUCCUGCAGAAGAAGAUUGAGAACUUGCAGGAGCAACUGAGGGACAAAGACAAGCAGCUCAGCAAUCUGAAGGACCGCGUCAAGUCCCUACAGACCGACUCCACCAACACCGACACUGCCCUGGCCACCCUGGAGGAGGCGCUGUCAGAGAAGGAGAGAAUCAUCGAACGUCUGAAGGACCAAAGGGAGCGAGAAGACAGAGAACGUCUGGAGGAAGUGGACGCCUACAAGAAGGAGAACAAGGACCUCAAGGAGAAAGUCAACAGCCUGCAGAUAGAAUUAACAGAAAAAGAGUCCAGCCUCAUCGAUCUCAAGGAGCACGCAUCUUCUUUGGCGUCUUCUGGCCUCAAAAAGGACUCGAAGCUCAAGUCCCUGGAGAUCGCCAUUGAGCAGAAAAAAGAGGAGUGCAGUAAGUUGGAGACGCAGUUGCAGAAGCAAGCUGAGCAGCUUUUCAGUCACAUGAACAAUCCUAAGGCCCACGAGGUGGAGCAUCAGUCGGGCCCCAGAGGGAACCCGGAGUACGUAGACCGAGUGAAGCUGCUGGAGAAGGAGGUGAGCUACUACAAGGACGAGGCCAGCAAGGCUCAGACGGAGGUGGAGAGGCUCCUGGACAUCCUGCGGGAGGUGGAGACAGAGAAGAACGACAAAGACAAGAAGAUCGCCGAGUUGGAAAGCCCCCCUCCUCCCUCUGCCCCUCGCCCCACCCCUCGUCCCGGUGGCAGAGCCCCCCUUGACCCGCUCCCCUCUGUGUCCGCCGCCCCCCAGCAGAUAGGGGGCAUGGUGUGGGACUUCCUGGGAAAGCAAGGAGGCAAAGAGCAGACCAAGAAGGGCUCCAACAUCAAACUAGGACCCCAAGGGGACAAGAAAGGCUUGGGACAGGACGGCCGUAAGGACAGCUCCUUGGAGGGCGGCCACCACUCCAAGCUAGAGGACCUGAUGAACACCCUGGAGAGGACGAGGCAGGAGCUGGAUUCCACCAAGCAGCGUCUGUCGUCCACGCAGCAGUCCCUGCAGGAGCGGGACAGUCACCUGACCAACAUGAGGCAAGAGCGCAGGAAACAGCUGGAGGAGAUUCUAGAGAUGAAACAACAAGCUCUGCUGGCGGCCAUUAGUGAGAAAGAUGCGAAUAUUGCACUGCUGGAACUGUCUGCCUCCAACAAAAAGAAGACCCAAGAAGAGGUGAUGGCCCUCAAGAGGGAGCGAGACAAACUGAUGCACCAACUGAAACAGCACACUCAAAGCAGAAUGAAGCUGAUAGCUGACAACUAUGAAGAUGAACAAUACCAUCCACAUGGUCCACACCACGCCCAGCCCCAGGCCCCUCACCCCCAGCCACAGCCUCAGACCCAGUACCCCCACCCAGCCCACGCCCAGCAGGUCCCGUACGCACACGCCCCUCACAUGCAGCACACGCAGCACCCGCAGUCCGCCCCGCAGCACCCUCACCCGCAGCAGCCGCAACUUCAGUACCCUCACAGUCAACAUCCGCAGCACCCGCAGCAGCACCCUCAACCGCCUCCCCAGCAUCUGCAGCAUCAACAGCAUCCGCGCCCCCCACAGCCCCAACAUCCGCACCAACAGCACCUCCAGCAUCCGCCGCAGCACCCCCACGGGCAUCCCCCGCCACAGCACCCGCAUCCCCAGCACCCCCAGCAUCCCCAGCACCCACAUGGUCCUCCCCAACAGGGGCCCCACCCUCAACAUCCGCAUCCCCAGCACCCUCAGCACCCCCAACAUCCUCAGCAUCCGCAGCACCCUCAGCAUCCCCAGGGCCCCCACCACGGCCAGCAUCCACGACACCCGUCGCCCCAUCAUCGUGGAGGGCCGGGCCGAGGACCCCCACACGCUGGUCACCGCCCUUCCCCGGACCAGGAUGACGAGGAAGGCAUAUGGGCGUAAACGUUGCUAUGACAACCAAAGUUCCAACAUUGCUUGGAGGGAUGAUUGAUUCAGUCUCUACUGGGGGAGCACAGCCAAACAUUUGUCACCUGCACUCGCCAAGGGAAACUUUCUUGUUUUUCUUUCUUUGGUGAUGACUUUUUUUGUGGAGGGGAAGAGGAGAGUGUGCAAAGUCAGGCUGGGAGACUGACUGAAGAGCAGGUGACCUUGGAGCAGAAGACCUUCUGACCUACAAGAGCAGAAAGACAGGAUUGGAGAAGAUAAAGAAAGACCUUCCCUCUUCUUCUCACAUGUUUCUGCCUCAAAGGUCACCUCACCUUCCACCUGCUGAGCAGAUCACAUGACUGUCACCCACCUCUUCCUAUCUCCACGUUCUCCCCCGUCCUGGUGGAUGCUUCAAGGUCACAUCCUCCUUGUGUUCUGGUUGCCUCCACCGUGUCUUGAUCUUCACUGCCCUGCUGACAUCUGGCCCUGCUUCCUGACGACUGUGAGCCCUAAGGAGUAUCUCUGAGAUAACACACACACACACACUGACCUCUUUCUUACCUUUUUACUGGUCCCACCUUCUUAGAGUUGUGACCCCAGCUUCUUUUCACCUUCACCUCACCUCAUUUCAAUCAGACGUAGUGAAAAACAAUCUAUGCAGCCGUGCGUUGUGGCAUGAAUCCAUUCGUUAGUAACCAAUCAGAGCGGGUAAGGAACGUACCAAUCAGAGACUAUGCACCUCCUCUUCUUUAGUUUUUUUAACCCACGGUGCUCCUGCUGGUGCUCCAUCCUUCAGUGGUGUCAGCUUGUGGCGGGGCUACGGAAACAUCUGUUUGCACAUGCAAAGCCACAAGGGGGCGCUUGGAGAACACUUCGCAUAACCAGGUGGAGGUGACCUUCAGUACAUGUUUCCACCAGUAGGCGGUGACACCUCCCCUAAAUAUGCUAGUGGUGACCUGUUAAAAAAUAAACAUGUACACAUUUCUAUGAUAGAUAUAUUAUACAUAGAGAGAGAAAUCUAUAGUGCGUCUAUAUGUGGUGAGAUUUCAAACUGACAAGAUCAAAUGUGGUUUUUUGUCCUUUAUGCUUAUUUUUAUAAGUGGGUGGAGGGCACAUUGUAACAUUCAGCAAAACAAAAAAAAAGCGUUAAAGGCUAUCUGAGGCUGCGUUCACAUUGUGUGAUUCGGUUCAAAGGUGCGUUUGCUCCACGAGCACAAGUGUGAACGCCAUCAUCCAAACCCUGAUGUGCACCAAACAGGCACUUGCUAGUGGACACCUGAGCGCAAAUGUCAACACGACACCGAGCAAAGACACAAACGUGUUAAAAUGGCAGCAAAAAACAUGCACUGACCAAAGAAAUACACUUUACAGGAAUAAAAGCAAAAAUAUUACCAAAAAAAGUUGUAAUUCUGCAAGAAAAUAAUGUGUGAGUAAUGUUGCAACACAGAACAAAAAAAUGUAUAUGUGACGUCACAAGAACAACGAUUGCUAAUAAAGGUUUGAUUCCACAAGAAAAGUUGCGAUAUCACAACAAAAAAAGUCAUCAUUUGACAAAAUUAAAGUCAUGAUAUUGCAAGAAAAAGAAUAAAGGCUAAAUAUUACAAGGCUACAGGUGUUAAAUUACAACAAAUGGGUUGUUUACAAAAUAAUAAGGUUGUAAAAAAGUUUUAAUUACGUAAAUACAAGACCAAAAAUAAAUAAAUAAAGUCAUACAAGGGAAAAAAGUCAUAAUUUUACAUGAAUAAAAUAAUAUUACAAAAAUAAUAUUAUAAAAAUAUGAUAAAACUCAGAAUUUUAGAACAAUAAAGACAAAAUGUGACAAGACUACAGGUGUUAUAUUAAAACAAAUAAGUUGUUUGUUUACAAAAAUAACAUUGUAAUAUUACAAAAAAGGUUGUAAAAAAGUUAAAAUUAAAUACAAGACCAAAAAUAAAUAAAGUCAUACUAUUACAAGAAAAAAAAGGCAUAAUUGUACAUGAAUAAAGGCAAAAUAUGACAAGACUACAGGUGAGAUAUUGGAAACAAGGUUUUAAUUAAAUACAAGACAGACAAAAAUAAAGUCAUUCUUUUACAGGAAAAAAGUCAUUAUUUUAUGAGUAAAAUAAUAUUACAAGAAAAAAAUCUGAAUUUUGCAAGGCUAAUGGCUCCAUAUUAUGAGACUGAAUAUGUAAUAUUGCAACAAGUAAUUAUUUUAUAAAAAUAACAUAAUAUGACAAAAUGAUAAGUUAUGAUAAGUAGUAUCACAACAAAAAAGUAUUGCAAGAGAAAGAAGUGGUAACGUGGGAUGAAUGGAGGCUUGGAUAAGUAAAAAAUGAAUAAUCGAAGAAAAAAGUUAAAUAUUAUCGGACUAAAGAAUGAAGUUUUUCAUUUCAAUAAUAAAAAGACACUUUUAGAAGAAGUAAAUGUAUUUAAAUAAUAGGUAUGGAAGUUUCAGAAGAAAUACAUAUAUAUAAAUAAUAUAAAAUAUAUAUGAAAAAUGGGUAUGGAAAAGGUACGUGUCUCUCUAUGUGACAUCUUGAAUUAAAAAGUCUAUUUUAAAGCUUUUGCUGUUGGUCCGUUGUGGUGAAGGGGGAGCUGAACCAAAAGUCAAAGCUGUCAAUGUAACGGUGGAUCUACGUUCCUACCCUCACCUAUGGUCAUGAGCUUUGGCUAGUGAGCCAAAGGACGAGAUGGUGGGUACAAGCCUCCGAAAUGACUUUCUGCCGAAGGGUGGCUGGGUUCUCCCUUAGAGAUAAGGUGAGAAGCACUGUCUGACCGGUAGGAGGCCUCAGGGAAGACCCAGGACACGUUGGAGAGACUAUGUCUCUCAACUCACCUGGGAACGCCUUGUAGCUGGAGAAAGGGAAGUCUGGGCUUCCCUGCUUAGGCUGCUGCCCCCGUGACCCGCCUUGGAUAAGCAGAAGAAGAUGGAUGGAUGGAUGGAUAGUUUUGCUCCGGACCAAAGUGCCGAACCACAAGUGUGAACGCAGCCUUAAAUUGACAAUUUGGGAACGUUUCGGAAUCAUUUUCAGGUCUAUCUGUAAGUGUGUGGGGUGGGGGUCCCUGAGGAGAGACUCACUGUCCCACACCAAGAAAACCUCUUGACCCAUUAGAGCAGGGGUGUCCAAAGUGCGGCCCACAGCACAUUCUAAAAAUACAAUUACAGAAAAAAAAGAGCAAAAAAAGUGCUUUUGGUAAAUGUUGGUGCUAAUAAGACAAAGCUUAGGGCUCAUUCAUGAAUGCACGUGUGCUCCUCAACUCAAUACUUCAGCUUGUCCUCUAACAAGGAGCGCAGCGGCGAAAUUCCCAUAUUUUUAUGAGCAGAGUUUAAAAUAGUGAUGUGUGAUACCACUGAUUUAGACUGAAGUAUCCAAAGUAUGGACAUUUUCAUUUGAGAAUUGUUUACAGCGCAUGACGAGCCGGUAUCGGAAGUAUUGAUAUUCAGUGUUUAAAAGGUCUUGGAACGCGUGUUGGAUUGGCUUGAGCCUCGUGUAAUAAUAAUAAUAAUAAUAAUAAAAAAAAUAAAAAAUACCCAAAUGGCCUUUGAUGUUUUAUUGUGAGUAUCUGGACACCCCUGAACUAACUAACACAAAAAGAAAGAAGAGCAUCAGCGUCAGAUCGAUGCGUGAGGAUGAUGUUGAUUUUUUCCGUGUGUGUAUUUUCUGGUGUUGUGCUUUUGGUAAAAAAACAAACAAAAAGAGUGUUGACAUUGAAACAUCGUAUGACUGAAUGAGACUGUUAGCAAAUCCUAUUGAUUGGCCAAGUCUUGCUUGUUGUACGUACUGUAUAUAUAACGUACAUAUUUCAUCUAUAUAUCAAUGUAUGUGUCCAAUCUUCCAUCAGUGACCAACAAGCUCCUGGUUGUGUUUACGAUUCUAUAAGCAGAAGAAGAAAUACGAAGAAGAAACGCAUCGGCUCCUCUUUCUCUUCACCUUAAAGGAGUUCGAAGCCUCCCUCCUUUUUUCAGGUCCUUAUCCGGUGAAUACUUGAAGUAGGGGCUUCUCCUACCGUGAAAAAUCAAAAUGUCCUUUUCCAUUCGUGCUGAUGACGACGAUGUGCCAACGGGGUGAUGAAGGAAGGAAGGAAGGAUGUCAAGAUGAUCUUCCUCCAUGUGAAACAUGCUCAACAUAAUCACUGUGAGCCACGCCACUAACGUCAUUUGCUUUUCUACAAGUACAUGCAUAUGUUCAUUUUGAUAUUCGGUUAGCUUUAUUUUUGCUAUGCUUUGGUGUUGAGGCAGACGCGAGUUUGUGUACGUAAAUAAAUGUGAGCAGUAAAGCCACCAUCAACGUCCGAGCAUGCUGAAUGAUGUUGGAUUGUUUGUCACAUCAUUUCCCAAUCAGGGGCGCGCGUGGUUUCCCGCCACGUGACGUCACCGUCUGACUCUCAUUUAUACGCCGGCCCCACCCCCCACUUAGUAGACAUCCUGUGCAGUUUUGUCAGAGUGCAGCAUGUUUACUGGGGUUACUGGUCUAAGUGUGACGAGUGUGUGCGUGUGCGUGUGCGUGUGUUGCUUGUAAUGCGUAAGAGGAACGAGGAAUAUAAAAGAAAGCGAGUGGGGGGGGGGGGGGAGUUAUGACAGAAGCAUGGAUACUCUGUGAUGUUUCCUGUUUUUUUUUUUUUUUUACAAAAAAAAAAGAAAGCCAGGAGGCUGUCCUCUGUGCCCCAGUUUGAUAUUGUAUGUGAUGUAAGACAUGUAAUAUUAAUAUUAAUAUCAGUGUUGGCCAGCUUGUUUAUAUCCAUCACAAUAAAAGUGACUUUCUUUCUGUC